CCAAUCCUGAAAAUAAAGGAAAAUAACAAAAAAAACGGGUAACGAAAGGAAACGGUUCCAUCAGUUGGACGGCUGCCGUGAGUGACAGUUGGCGGCAAUUAAUUCUGUUUCUGUUUAAAUUGUUAAAGACUUAAACACAAUACGUUAGAAUGGUAAUUGCUACUAAAGUUGUGUUGACUGCCGCAAUGGCUUUCAGUUUCGUUUUGCAGAUGUUUCUUAUUUGCUCUGCAAAUGCUAAUCCCACGGAAGAUUUCUUCUUCACUGAUCAACCAAAGAUCGUGAAAAAACGUGCUGUUGAAAGUAAUGAAGCAUUUAAGAACUAUGAAUCCACAUUUAACGGACUGAAACCAAAAUCUAACGGCAUUUUAGACAGUGAAGACGAGGGCAGUGGUGUGGGGCCCCAGGAAGGUAGUGGAUCAGGAAGUUUUGAAGGUAGUGGGGAUGACACUAUUUCAACACCUUUUGAAAUAAAUACAGAAACUGGGCUGCAUAUUAGUACUUUGCCACAAGACACAACUACUAUUCUAAAAGUUACAGAACAAAUGGAGACACCUGGGAAUGAAGAAAUUAUUGGAGGGACACCAACAAUGCAGACUGACUCCUCUGUUACAAAGGGACAUGAAAGCAAUGACAAGGAAACCACUCUUGAGGUGUCAACAAGACUGGCUGAGUCAUCUGAAACAUUGACAAAUGAGACUACAGAAACAAGAGCAACUCAGCUACUCACAACCGAGAAAAACUUCCUGAAUUCAACUGAAGAUCAAAGUCAACUGAGUACCCAGCCAAAUGUGAUUGUUCAAGUUACUACACAGAAAGGUACUGCUGAAGGAAUUUUUUCAACUGAAAUGACAGAAUUCAGUGAAAGCACCAUUGGUACAGAGGAGCCCCUUUCUAAGCUGGUGUCUAUUCAAGUGUGUGGCAAACAAUUCUACUGUCUAGCCGGAAGACGGGGUCCGUGCCCGGCGAACGAGAUCCUGGUUGAAGACAUCAAUAAUAACACAUUGGAAGCCCCAUCGUAUUGCUCUGCCUUGUCUACCUUUCCUUGGAGGGGCUGCUUGUCAAGUGUCAACGAAAAAACUGCAGCUACCACCUCAGUUGGCAGAUGCAAUCUGAAAUCGAUGGAGCAACCUUGUAAAGGAUUUCCAUCCAACUAUCGUUAUCAUCCCAUCAAGAAAAUAUGUCGUCCCACUUCGAAAUCCACAGGGAAUUGGUUGGCUUACGAAUGCAGUGACGAUCAGGUCUUUAUAGGCUUGAAUCAGAAUGUAGGUUCAUGUAUCUGUCUAAAUCGACAACACCUGGUUUACACUGGCGAUAACCAAUGUUAUCAUCCCUACACUCGUGGGCCCUGUAACAAAGGAAUGUGGCUAGUGCCAUCUACCCGACGUGAAAUGGAUUGCCGCCGAAGUCCUUGUCCGGCAAACCAAAUCGACGGCAAGCAUUUCUACUGGAAAGGAGAUUUUCACGGUCCCGCUGGCUGCUACCGCCCCAAUACCCGUGGGCCUUGCCCAAAGGGAAAAACUUUCAUCGUCGAUGACCACGUCUUGGGCCACGCUCGAUGUGAACUUGACUUAAACUGAUGACUUUCAUCGUAAUUGCUUGCUUUCCUUUUCACAAUCUUUGACAAUCAAACAAAUAGUUAAAGGUUCUAAAUAAGAAAUUAAAUGAAUUUAAAAAAUCUAAA